GCGUUCAGUCAGCCAAAGGCAGGCGGACUGUGCAACCACUCCAGAGCUGUUCCUCCACAUUCAAGCACCAAGGUCUGCCUCCGCAAACAAAGCCAGCAAACAUGGAAAACGUCUACGAGAUUAUCGAGCCGGAGAAUGGGCACAACGAGCACUGCGUUGGAGCUGACGGCCCCAACCGAGAGCCCCAGUACGGGAACUCUGACCAGGCCAGGGAUCAACAGCGCACGUAUGUGAACUCGGGUGAGGCUAGGGAGCCAGUGUACAGUGAGGUGCAGAUUCAUGCCUCUGCCGAGCGGGACUGCAACUCUCCGGAGUACAUGGAAAUCAAGGAAGAGAACAAAAGCAGCUCCUCAUCAUCGUCUUCCUCCUCUUCUUCCAGUGAUGAUGAGGAAACCAAGGAGGAGAACCUAGUGGUGACAAUGGAGCUGCCGCCUGAACCGAAGGUGUUGAAGGAAGAGGUUAACGGCAAGGGGCACGACAGAUCCAGGCGCUCAUCCUCCUCCUCAAGUUCCUCUUCCUCCCACGAAGACCCCUGCGACAACCUACCCAUCCCUCCCAAGAUCCACGAUGAGGAUAAUGCCGAGGACGGGAUUCUAAUGUCGUACACCCAUCCCAACACGAAGCCGAUGGACGCCAUGGACUACAGCCUCAAAACCCUGGAGAAUGUCACUCUGGAUGAGAGCAGCAAGGCACCAGCUGACCCCAACCAGCCUACGGUCUCCCUCUAUGUCAAGGCAGGCAGUGAUGGAGAAAGCAUCGGGAACUGCCCCUUCUCCCAGCGGCUCUUCAUGAUCCUCUGGCUCAAAGGAGUGGUGUUCAACGUCACCACUGUGGACCUGAAGAGAAAGCCGGUGGACCUGCAGAACUUGGCCCCGGGCACCCACCCCCCAUUCCUCACCUUUAACGGAGAGGUCAGGACGGACAUCAACAAGAUCGAGGAGUUUCUGGAGGAAAUGCUCGCCCCUCCAAAGUAUCCCAAACUGGCUGCCAGGAACCGAGAGUCCAACACAGCUGGAAAUGACAUCUUUGCCAAGUUCUCUGCCUACAUAAAGAGCACCAAAUCUGAGGCCAACCAGGUUUUAGAAAAAGGUUUAACCAAGGCCCUGAAGAAGCUUGACGAGUAUCUGAACAGCCCUCUGCCAGAAGAGAUCGACGCACACAGUAUGGAGGAGGAGAAGGGCUCCAAGCGAAGCUUCCUGGACGGGAACGAGCUCACUCUGGCAGACUGCAACCUGCUGCCCAAACUGCACAUAGUCAAGGUUGUCACUAAGAAGUAUCGCAACUACGACAUCCCAUUGGAAAUGACGGGGGUGUGGCGGUAUCUGAACAAUGCCUACUCACGAGAAGAGUUCACCAACACCUGCGCUGCCGACUCUGAGAUCGAGGACGCCUACAAAGACGUGGCGAGGAGAAUGGCCAAAUAACUCCGCCGACCUCUGAUCCCAGCUGCAGCUAAAUAAAUGAGCAGCACGCAAGAAAAAGAAAAAAGAAAUACACUUCUGAACAUUCUGUGCAUAUGAUUGUCUUUUUGAAGUCUUCUCCUGUGGCAUUUUUCAGAAACACAAGAUCUUUGUCUGUCAUAGCAAACAGGUCGGAUGUCUCUUUCCAGCUCCAGAUGUGAUGGAUUGCAAUAAUUCAGCGCUCUCUGUAUAUGGUAUUUCAAUCACACAGGCAGACAUGGCAAAACAAGAAGUGAGGCACAAGAUAAAUCAAACGCGAUUCAAAAGCUCUGCUGCCUUGAAACCUCUGACAAAACUCUUUUCACUCAAACCCGAUUGUGUCUGUCUGUAUUUAUUUCUCAUAACACAAAGCUCUCUUUCAUACGAACUCCACCACACAGCCAAAUAUUUUACUAGCUGCUGAUGUCAAGGUCAUUCACUUUAUUUAUUCCCAAGCCCGCAGAAGUCUAGUCUGACUCCUGUGUUUAUUAUCUAGCUCCGGCUCCUGGGGAGACACCUCGUUUCAUCUGUGAUUGAUGAUUAAUGCUAAACGCUUUCUGACGUUGAGCGCUCCACUUUGCAGUUUCAUUACAAGUGUUGCUGUACGCUUUUGUUUUUCUUCCCUUUCGCUUGUGCACGUCUUGAGAUUCACUCAGAUUCCUGAAAAUUUGAGUUUCUUUUUGGAAAAUAGGUAUAAAUGCUCAUUUAAAUGAACAAAACUCAUCCAGAGAGGCCUGUAAUGGGAGAGUCUGGGCAUCUUUGAAAUGAUGUUCAGUCAGAUAGCACCUUAUGAGCCAUGACACGAGUAUCAAGAUCAGAUUUUUGUUAUAGCACAGUAACAAACAACUGUCAUUGGCCAAAGUGCACAGAGUUUAAAGGAAAACACAUAAGUGGUCUUUUAGGCUAAACAAAACAUAAUAAAAAAAAUAAAAAGUUGAUAUACUGGUAUGAAAGAACAUUACCUUAGCAAAUAUCAAAUCAAUGGUACCCAAUCCCGGUCCUUGGGGAACACCAUCCUGCAUGUUUUAGUUUGUUUCCCUGUUCCAACACACC